GUAUUAUUGCUGUUGAAAUGUCGAAAGUACCCUCCCCAUUGAAGUUAUUUGAAACUCCACAAAAGUAGGCCAUUUGAUCGGCGGUGCAAAGGGAAUUGAAAAUGAAGGCGUGGAUUUACAGAGAGUACGGCGGCGUCGAUGUAUUGCAGCUGGAAUCCGAUGUUCCAGUACCCGAAAUCAAUCAUGAUCAGGUCUUGAUCAAAGUUGUCGCUGCUUCUCUUAAUCCCGUCGAUUUCAAGAGACGCCUCGGCUUAUUCAAGCCCACCGAUUCACCCCUCCCUAUUGUUCCGGGCUUCGACGUGGCUGGAGUGGUGGUCAGAGUUGGGAGUGGAGUAACGAAUUUUAAGGAAGGAGAUGAGGUUUAUGGAGAUAUAAUUGAGAAAGCAUUUCAAAAUCCUAAACAAUUUGGUAGUUUAGCAGAGUACACAGCUGCUGAAGAGAGACUCUUGGCUCUUAAGCCCAACAACCUUGAUUUUGUAGAGGCUGCUUCCCUCCCUCUCGCCCUCGAGACGGCCUACGAGGGCCUCGAAAGGGCCGCUUUCUCCGAGGGCAAAUCCAUCCUCGUCCUCGGAGGAGCCGGUGGCGUUGGAUCACUUGUAAUUCAGCUAGCAAAACAUGUGUUUGGUGCAUCUAUGAUAGCUGCAACAGCCAGCACUUUGAAGCUGGAAUUGGUGAAGAGUUUGGGUGCAGAUUUGGCUAUUGAUUACACCAAACAAAAUUUCGAAGAUUUGGAUACCAAAUUCGACCUAGUUUAUGAUGCAGUUGGAGAAAGAGAUAGAGCGAUGAAGGCGUUGAAGGAAGGUGGUAGCGUGGUAGUUGUUAGUCAAAUUGAAUGGCUUAAGGCGGUGGAUAUUAAUGACAAACUUCUUGUUUGUCAAAUUUAGUAGGCAAUUCAUGUCAAAAUUUGUGGGCACUCUUGCCUAUAAAUAGAAUGCAUGGUAGCAUUCUAAGAUCAUCCCAACACACACAAAUCAUUCCACACACUAACGUGCACAACGUUAUAUAUAGUGAUUGUGGUAGUUUUAUCUUGAGUGUUGUACUAUUCUGAAA